CCUAGGUAUUUAUACACAUUGAAGGAUCAUUUGCUAAUCUGAUAAACUGAAUAAAGGGAAGUCUGUUGUACAACCCAGAAAUAGUGGAAAGGAUAUCACCAAAUCCUCGAGAAGACUUCAUGUAAAUCGAUCGCAAAUAGGUCUUUAGAAAAUUGUGAUGAUAAAAUUUUUCUCUACAUUUGUUUGAAGAAAGAAAAAAAAAAUAUUUUUCAUGAUUUUAUCAUUCGGGGGAAAAUGAAAUUGGAAUGGAUGUUCAUUACAAUUCUUCUGACAGUUCUUAUAGACGGAGGUGAAUAUUUGUCAUCUAAUCUUGACGACCUACAAAAAGAGUACGGAGAAUGGCGUCUACAGAAAUCUCCUGAUUAUCCCACUUCCAUAGGCAUAUACAAAUAUAACGACCAAGUAGAGAAAUAUUCAUAUUCUGGAUUUGAUGAAGAAUAUAGGAAAUAUGUGAGCCUUCAAAGCCGUUUGAAUUCGAUUGUAUAUGACCAACUUUCACCGAAAGAAAAGACUGAUUAUGAUAUAUUCAACGACACACUAUCAACGCUUAUUAGAGGAUACAGAUGGAAAGACUACAACAUCCUAAACCCGAUUAAUUUCCUGGAAGGACCACAAAUUGAUCCAUCUUCUCUUCCAAGUAUUACCCCAUUCGACACAGUAGGCGACUAUGAAAACUAUGUCAGGCGCUUAGAGCUGUAUCCUAAUCAGAUAGGAGAAAUGAUGUCGUUAUUUAAUAAAGCAAUAGAAAAAGGCCACACGUAUCAUAAUGUUUCUGUGAAAAGAGUUCCUGAUCAAAUAGAUGCGAUUCUUACUAACGCGACUGCUGAAAACUUCCCUCUCUACAAACCGUUUCUCGAAAAAUUGACAAAUCUGACAACUAUUGAUGAAUCUAAGAAAGCAGAUAUGAGAGAAAGGGCAAGGUCAGCUGUCCAAAACAUGAUCCAAAAAUUUAGAGACUUAAAGAGAUAUUUUGAAACCGAAUAUUUUCUUCAUGUAAGAAGUGGUUACGGGGUAAGUAGUUGGGAUAAAGGAGGUGAAUUUUACAAAGAAUGUCUACGUUGGCACCUCUCUCUGGAUUUAACACCAGACGCAGUCCAUCACAAGGGUUUACAAGAAGUGGAGAGAAUUUCUUCGGAGAUGAGAAAGAUCAUGAUGAAAUUAAAUCAUAAGGGAUCUGUGAAGGAGUUUUUCGACAAGAUCAAGGCGGAUCCAAAUAAUUAUCUAAAUACUGGCGAAGAAAUAAUACAAUGGUACAAGGAUGCAAUUAAAAAUGACAUUGAACCCCAAUUGCCAAAGUUAUUUAAAGACCUUCCUAACUUGCCAGUAGAUGUACAGCCGAAUCCAAUAGAUGGGAUUGAUGGCCAGUAUCUAGCAGGACCUCCCGAUGGAUCACGCCCGGGGGUAUUCCAAGUGAACGUCUUCCAUCCCAAUAAAUCUAUUAAAAUUGACUUUAUGGCUCUUUUACUUCACGAGACAAUUCCUGGUCAUCACUUACAGAUCAGCGUUGCAUCUACUGUCCAAAUCCCUAGUUAUAGAAAGCAGAUGACUGGGUAUCUCUACACAGUUCCAUUUGAAGCCCCGUUUUACACAGCCUAUGUAGAGGGAUGGGCAUUGUAUGCAGAAUCUUUGGGUGAAGAAAUGAACGUAUACAAAACUGAUAAUGAUCUUAUGGGAAGAUACGGAUCGGAAAUAUUUAGAGCCUGUCGUCUUGUAGUCGAUACAGGAUUGCAUUACUUUAAUUGGACGAGACAACGUGCCAUAGACUACAUGUUGAAUUACACAGCGUACAGUGAAAACUCUAUCACGACUGAAAUUGAUAGAUAUCUGACAUGGCCGGGCCAAGCAUGUGCAUACAAAAUCGGCGAACUAAAAAUAAAGGAAUUGCGGGAAAGGGCUAAAAAUGCGUUAGGGUCAAAGUUUGAUAUCAGGGAUUUUCAUUCCAUUGUUUUGAAAGACGGAGCUCUUCCUCUGAACAUCCUGGAGAAAAAUGUGGACCAGUGGAUCGCUGAAACAAAAAAUAAACCCUCAAAAACAACGAAUCAGUGCACCUCAGAGGGAUCUACAAAAACAGCUAAUUUAAAAAUGUUGCCAACUAUUUUCAUAUUACUUUUGUUAAAAUCUUUCUGUUGACAUGCAUAUCAUGCAUAUAUGUAAAUGAAGUAUUUACUUCAUUCAUGUUUUGUAAUUCCAUUCGUAUUGUAUAUAUAAUUUGAUUAUGUACAAUCAAAGACAGACAAAUUUCAAAAAAUAUCAUGAGUAUUGUGUAUCCGAGUCAAAAUCGAAUUUAUUAAGUGAAAUGAUAUAUUUAAUAACUAACCUAAUAUUUUUUUUUUGUUUAAAAGAUACUAGAUAAGUAUAUCUUUUAGCUAAUGAUAGAAUUAAUGAUGGUGAUAUUUUUUAUAUGAAUGCUGUAUACUGUAAACCAAUAAUAAUUCGCGAUUUUUUAGUUGAAAUCUAUCUGCUACGAAUAAUUUUAGCGACUUAGGAAUUAUGCAAUGAAAUAAAGAGUUCACAUACAGAAAAAUUCAAGAUUUAAAGGAGGUCGCACUACCCUCCUGGAAAUUUCUCACACGUGAAUAAAAGUUGGUUUAUAGUACAUGCCUUCUUCAGUUUUUGUGCACGUUUGAGAACAUUAACUAUUUUAAAGAGAAAGGUCUUUAUUUUAUAAUUACCAAAAUUUGCCCCCAGAAUCAAACUUUGAUGGAGAAGUCUAUAAUUGUGUUCUAAAUCAAGGGGAUAUAUGCAGACUUCAAAGCCUUAAAUAUAUUCAUUAGCCAUGAUGCCAUGUUUUAAAAAUGACCUUAAUUCAAAAUGUCCUUGAUUUAUAUAGAGAAAAAGGUGUAAAUUACGUCGAUAAAUUGAGUGAAAGUCAGCAGGCGCAGGUUUGCUCCAACUCAUGUUUUGCUAUAAUGUAUAGGAAUUAUAACAUAAAUGAAAAAUGUUAAUAUUGUGA